AUGGACAUCACAAAGUUUGUCGUCUCUGGCCGCGAUGCGGCUCUUCUCUACGGAGACUACGCAACCUACCAGACCCAACUGUCCAAGAAGCUGCUCAACAGCCGCAAGAAGCUCAACAUCGCCACCAAGAACCGCGGAAAGUUUAGCAAGAAGGGUGAGGUUGGUGUCUCGCAAAUUGCCGAGAACCAUGAAUAUGUCCACCUCCUCCUUCUUACGAGCGAGCGAGCCUGGGCCAAUGCCAUGGCCAUUAAGGCAUCGCACGCCUCGGAUGCCAAGGGCAUGACCGGCAAGACGAGAUCCCACAUAGUCUCCCGGCUCCAAAAAGCAACAAAGGCAGCCGACCUCCUCGCCGAGCUGCUCUCUCAGCCUGAGGCUGGCGCAUCACAGAACGACAAGCUCGAAUCCCGGGCCUACGCCGCCCAUAUCCGCGGCGCCGCCCAGUUCGAAAACCAGCACUGGGAGCCCUCCCUGCGAAGCUGCGCCGUAUCGCGCAUCAUCUACAGCGCCAUGGCAACGACCACCAAGGGCGACAUCUUCAAGGACCUCCUCUCCGACACCAUCGAUCCCUCGAUCCGCUACGCCGCAUACCAGCUCAAGACGCCGCGCACGAUACCCGUUCCCGCCAUCGCCAGGCGAGCAUUCCCCCAGUCCGAUACGGCCCUCGUUCAGCAGAUUAACGAACUCGAUCCCAAUGUGUUGAAGCAGGUGGACGCCGAGGCCAGCAAGGGCGGCGAGGGUGCUGAGAACGCACCCAGGACACUCACCUGGCGCUCUCGCGACGUCAAGAUUGAGGACGCUGCCAUCUCUCUGGCAUGGGGCAGAGCAGAGGAGGCCAAGGCAAAGCUCUCCGAGACAUGGCCGUCUCUCGUCGACGCUGACCCCAGGGAUGUGGCUGCCGCGUACGACGACAUCCUCGAGGCGACGCAGGAUGCUGCCGAUGCCACCAAGGAAGCGAUUGACGAGCUGCGAGGCGAGGGCGUCUCCCAGAGCGACUCCCGCAUGCAGAGUCUGCAGAUCACCAGAACCGCCGUCAACUACGAGAUGAUUAGUUGGCGAAUCGGUCGCAACCGCGUCUUGACGGGCAAUGACGAUGGCCUGGUGGAGAGGUACCACUCGACUCGCAAGUCCAAGAAGGCAGACAAGAUUGCCAAGGAACAGACCCCCGGACGCAAGGCUGCAAAACUGAAGGAACUCGUCGCUCUGUACGAAGGUACCCUGCAGAGUCUCGAGGCUGCGAGGGAGUUGCCCGGCGUGGCCAACGACGAGGAGCUUGCCGACCAGCUAGAGGCUUUUGCCGAGUACUUUCAAGCUCUGAAGUCCCUCUCCAUUGCCCGCUCCCACGCCAUCAUCGGCAACACCGUCAACGCGCUGGCCCUCAUCAAACACGCGACCAGCGAAGCCCAGGAAGCCGCCUCGACCCUUACUAAGGGCUCCCAACCGCAACCCAAUGCCCCGCGCAGCAUCGACGUGUCGGCCGCGGACGCAAAGGCCCUGGCAACCUACCUCCAAGGCGAGCUCCAGCGCCACCGCGCCCUCGUUCACCUCUCGAACCUGCUCAAGGAGUCGGCAGCUUCCAACGAGGACGACGCCCAGAAGCUACCCCUGAUUGAGCGGCUGCGCGAGUACCCCUCCAGCGGGAUCGACCUCCAGAACAUUGUCAGCGUCCCGCCCAAGCUGUCCGCCAUCCCCGUCAAGCCCAUCUUCCUUGACGUGGCGUGGAACUACAUUGAUUACCCGGGCAAGGAGCCGCAGGAGCCCGUUGCCAAGGCGCCUCCCAGUCAGGCUGAGCCUGCGGCGCAGAGCGGCGAGAAGCCGCAGGCACAAAAGAGAGGAUGGUUUGGUUUUGGUAGAUAA